AUGGCUGCCUGUAACGAAGUAUUCGUAUCAUGUGGUGAGAACCUAUUUUGUGCCGCUGACAAGACUUGUCGUCUGAAAUCGGAAGACAUUCCUCAUGCAGAUCCCUGUGGAAUUCAGAACUACAUGUUGAUUCUCUUGGUGAUGUUCGUCAUCUGCCUUGCCAUCCUUUCUACAGUUCUCUGGAUUCGUCAUGCCUCACAAAAAAAGAUCGAAAAUGUGAUGAAAAAAUAUCACCUGAAAAAUGAAAGAGCGCUGGAGGAGACCCUGAAAAACUCCAUCACACAUCGUGGGUCGGGGAAUGACGGGUUUACAUUUACAAAUGGUGAGUAA